ACUCGUUUCUUAGUUCUACACGGACGCAAUAUGAAGCUGUACGAAGUCGGGUUUACAUGGCGGCGCCCAGUCGAGUCAUGUUGAAUUAUGUCCUACUGACUUUAUUCUUAGUAAUGUGAAAUUGUAGAAUGACAUACCUUAACUAAACAUGUGGAAUCAAGUUCGUAAACUGCAAAAGAACAGGACAGUUAAAUAUGGGAUCCCGAUGCUGCUGCUGAUUGUGGGAGGGUCGUUUGGAUUGAGAGAAUUCACUCAGAUUAGAUAUGAUGCACAGAAGAUAAAAAGGAAGCUGGACCCUGCACUGGAAGCCCGGGUGAGCACUAAAAAACAGUUGGCCAUCCUUCAGGAUGAGUUUGAGAAAUUAAAGGAUGCGGACUUGGAUGGAUGGAAGAACAUUCGUGGCCCGCGUCCCUGGGAGGAUUCGAAGGAGUACCAGGAGCAGCAGCGAGCUCAACUCAGUAAAGGCACAUAGAACUCUAAAACCUUAAACUACCCCUGCUGGCUCAAAGAUGUAAGACACUCAUAAAACCAGUGCAGUGUACCAUGGUUGCCACUGUAUAAUAAAUCAGCACUAUCACAUUAUAUCUAGAUCGGAAACUACCUAUUAGGACUCUACUGUCUGGCAUAUGGAAUGCCACUUUGUUGUCUCUUUUGGAAAUGUACGUCCUUGUGCACUUGUGUGGCUGGCUAUGUGUGUAGCAGGCUCUCUGUCCACUUUGGUGCUCCUAUAUUUUUAUGGCAUCAGGAACGUUGUAACCAUUGUUCCAUGUCAGUUCACAUUCACAGUAAUGCGUAACACGAGCCCAGUACUGAAUUUUAGUCAAUAAAACCCCUUGUUCUUUCA